AGUCCGCUCCAGCAAGAGCAGUCGAUGGCAACACAGAAUACAUAUUCAAGUAUAAAUGGAAAAAUGAAGCAGUUUUCAAAGGAAGAAGAAUUCGUAAGAUUGUUUCUUCAAGCACCGCUUCGCAGUAAUCCAUUCUGUUACAAAGUCUGUCAGAUACUGGUUGAGAUACACGGUCAGGCCAAGUACUCCUUCAUUCAUAUGUCUUGCCUGAAGCAAUAUGGAGCUGUUGAAUUGAAGACUCUUAUCGGUUUAAGUAACUCUUUAAUGGUACUAAAGAGAUGA